AUAUUCUGCCAACAUAAACCCAACUUCAAAUGUGUUUGCAAUAUUUAGAGAGAUUUCAUAAACAUUGGAGAGCUGUACAUUUUGUUUUGUUAUCCAAGACAUUUUAUUCCUACCCGGAUUUUACAAAAAGCAGGAUGAGUCCAAUGUCGCUGUUCUGCUCACUGCUCUUGCCAGUACUGUCGGCGAAUUUGGUUCUCGCGAAAAAUACGGAGAACUUCGAAAUAGCGGCUUUCCCGGACUUCGACUACCUCGUGGAGAAGGACAUCGAGGAGGACCCCUGCGCCAAGACCUACGCCCCCGUGUGUGGCAGCGACGGCAACACCUACGACAACAUCUGCCUCCUGACGAGAAUGAACACUCCGGAAGGGGACGAACCCGUGUUGUUUGUGCACAGUGGACGCUGCGAGGAACUGCCGUGGCCCGUUUAAGGAUGACUCGUUAAAAGAAGGUUUUUGGGAUGAAAUUGGAACUAAAUCAUGUUAUGUAUUUUGUUUAAAGGAAGGUGUUUGGGAUGAAACUGGAACUAAAUUAUGUUAUGUAUUUUGUUUAAGGGAAGGUGUUUGGGAUGAAACUGGAACUAAAUUAUGUUAUGUAUUUUGUUUAAAGGAAGGUGUUUGGGAUGAAAUUGGAACUAAAUUAUGUUAUGUAUUUUGUUUAAAGGAAGGUGUUUGGGAUGAAAUUGGAACUAAAUUAUGUUAUGUAUUUUGUUU